AUGCAAGUCCUUCUUCUCGGUGGUCAUGGCAAGAUUGCCCUCAAACUCACGCCACUCCUCCUCAAUCGCGCCUGGAAUGUCACCAGCGUUGUGCGCAACCCCGAUCAUGAGAGCGAGAUUCUUGCACUCGGCAAGGGCCGCAAGGGCAAGGUGAAUGUUCUUGUCUCCAGUCUGGAAGAUGUCAAGAACGUAGCAGAUGCCCAGAAGAUCCUGGAUGCUGUUACCCCAGACUACGUCGUCUGGUCGGCUGGCGCCGGCGGCAAGGGCGGACCUGCCAGCACAAUUGCCAUUGACCAAGAAGCAGCAAAGCACUUCAUGACCGCCUCCUUCGCGACCUCCAGCGUGUCAAAAUUCUUGAUGGUCUCUUACCUGGGUAGUCGCAAGAAGCAACCUCAUUGGAUGCCGGAUGACCAGUGGGCGGGUAUUGUGCGCACUCAGACUGAGAUCCUCCCUACCUACGUGAAGGCUAAGCAAGAGGCCGACGAGUACAUGACUGCCCUGGCGGCGGUCCGCAAACAGAACCCCGUAGGCCCUUUCCAGGCAAUCAAUUUGCGCCCUGGAACCUUGACCGAUGAGCCCGCUACCCGGAAGGUCGAGCUUGGUAAGACGCUCAAGGGCCGUGGUAGUGUUUCUCGCGAAGAUGUGGCUAUCGUUGCGGAUCAGUUGCUCGCGCGGGACGAUACUGAGGGCUGGAUUGAUCUGGUUAAUGGUGAUGUUCCGGUCGAGGAUGCUGUUGAGAAGGUCGCCAGUGAGAAGAUUGACGCUGUUGAAGGUGAGGACGUUGAGGGUAUGGUGAAGAGAUUCUUUCCUUGA